ACAGUCAGCUCUGCAUGUGAAGAAAUUCUUAACAGUCAGAGACUUCCACUCUUUUGUCAGCUUGUUCUGAAAGUUGGCAACUUCUUGAAUUAUGGAAGUCACACUGGAAAUGCAAAUGGCUUUAAAAUAAGCACUUUACUGAAGCUGACCGAAACAAAGGCAAACCAAACCCGUAUAACUCUACUGCACCAUAUUGUGGAGGAAAUAGAAGUAAAUCACACUGAUCUUAUUGAGCUUCCAAAUGAUCUUGAGAAGGUUUCAGCAGCUGCUGGGGUCAAUAUAGAAAAUCUGUUUUCAGAAACCAGUGCCAAUCAAAAAAGACUGAAGGAUCUGCAAAGUAAACUUUCCAAUUCAGAAAAUGAUGUGAAGGAGCAAUAUGAAAAAUCUAUUCAGGAUUGUGUUGAUACUCUGAAGGAGCUUGAGGAACAGUUGGAGAACAUCUCCCAGAAGAAGAAAGAAGCUGGCUGAUUACUUAUGUGAAGAUGCAACCAAACUAUCUCUGGAGGAAACAUUCAGUACCAUGAAAACAUUUCGGGAUCUCUUCCUAAAAGCAAAAAAGGACAAUAAAGAUAGAAAGGAGCAGGCAGCCAAGGCUGAAAAGAGGAAAAAGCAACUGGAAGAGGAAGAAGCCAAGCGACAAAAGGGUGAAAAUGGAAAAAUUAUUCGGAAAGGUGCUGCAAAGUUGGAAGAAGGCUGCAUUAUCGACGCUUUGCUGGCAGAUAUCAAAAAAGGUUUCCAGCUACGCAAGACUGCCAAAAGCAAGCCAGAAUCUGAUGGUGCCCUCAAAGCUUCUACAAAUGAUUUAAGAACAAAACCUCCUACAGAAUUAGGCAAACCUGUGCUAUUAUCGAAUGGGGAUGCAAAAGAGACCACUAAUGAUAGUCCCUCCACAUCAGUUGUUGAAGGUGUCUCUAAAUCUUCUUUGCCAACUGAUAAAUCUGAGGACAAAAAUAUUGCAUGUGAUGUUGAACCAAAGGGCCAUGUCAAGGUAGAAGAGCCUUUAUGUCCUCCAAACCAAGACACUAAAAGUUGCUUAGAGAACACAGAUGACAUACAGAGUGUUGUCUUGGGUCCAGCCACAGAUCUCACUAAUGAUGCUGAACUGGAAAAAGAAAGUCUUCCAGGCAGUGUACAAGUUCAGUCUUGUGAAGCUGUUAUCCCAAAGAAUACAAGUACUGUUAGAUGCCAUGAAGAUGCAACACUGAAUUCUCAGAAACCUACGCAAACCGAUGUUCUAUCUCCUGAAAGUGCUUGUGCAUCUGAGACAAGUCAUUGCCAAUCAGAUGAAGUGGACUCCAAAAACAUAGAUGUUCGGAAUAACAACAUCCAGAGUGCAGAAACAGACAUGUGUAAUAAAGGACUUUCACAUGAUCAAAUAGAUUCUUCAGUUAACACUUCUUUUGGAUGGCCAACUUCAGUGGUUGAUGGCCCUUCAAACAAUAAUUCAGCUGAUGUGCCUUCUAUGGAAGAUAAAUUGGUGGCUGAUGGUAUGUUGCCAACUCAGGACCAAUCACCAAGUUCUUUGGAGGAAGAGAACAAUGGGAAUGUGUUUCUUAAUUCACAUUUAGCUGAGGAGGUUAGCAUGACUGAAGUGGGCUCAGCCAAUGAGAAGGAUGACAGUGUUGAGGUUUCCCCACCAGCUCAGGAUGAAGAUACUGCCAACAUUCCCACACUAUCACUUAACAAUGCAAACACAAAUGUCUGUUCUAAUGAAAAGAAUGGACCUUCUGGUGUUCCCUCACCAGAUCAGACAAAUGGGACACAAGUUCAUAACAAUGGUUCUCCCGAUGCUUCCACAAAUGAUUCACUAGACAUUGUCUCCCAAACUAAAGAAAACCUGUUAACUGAUGACUCUGUAAACAAAUCUUCAGAAUCGGCCACUCAUGUCCAAACUUCUGAUGAUUGCAAAGUCAAAAAAGGCUCUUCCAAGAACAAAAAGAAAAAAAGGAACUCCAAAAGCAGUGAA